AUGAAAGUAAUUGAGCAAGGUAACAAUACCUGUAAUAAUACUUCUCAAAAUAGAGAUGUAACAGAAGAUGGAGUAAAUAAAUAUAUCUUAAACAAAUUAAUAUUAAUAUUUAAUAAUAACAUUAAGUGUAUUCCACCGAAUGAAGAAACGUAUGAUAUAGAAGUUGAUAAUAUUUCAAGGGAAAAAAAAUGUAAGGAAAAUGAGGAGCUAAUAAUCAGUACAAAUGAAAUAUCUGUAAAUGUUGAGAAAAAAAAUUGCGUAGUAGAAAAUAAUGGCUUAAAAAAAAGUACUGCUUGUUCAACAGAAAUGAGCAACAUUAAUAAUGAUAAUAUUAAUAAGGAAAAUAUUAUUGAUGAUAAUAUUAAUAAGGAAAAUAUUAUUGAUGAUAAUAAUAAUAAGGAUAAUAUUAAUAAGGAAAAUAUUAAUGAUGAUAAUAUUAAUAAUAAUAAUAUUAAUAAUAAUAAUAUUAGCAGUGAAAAUAAUAACUGCAUGAACACUCCAAACAAUAAUAAUAGUAAUAAUAAUAAUAGUAUUAAUAUAUUUGAAAAAGAUGAUAUUAAUGAGAUGGAUCAAAAAGAGAGUAAUUUUAUCGCACAAUUAAAAAGAGAAAACGGAUUGGAUAUAUUAAAUAAAGAAGGUUUAUUAGAGAGAACUCACAGUAUUAGUAUUAAUGAUUUAUUCAAAUUAAAUUCAGAUAUAUGUUUUAAUAUUGACAGCACGUUAAAAAAGAAUAACUUAGGUGAAUUGUUAGCUAACGAAAAUAUACCUAGAAAAAAUGAGAGAUGGAAAAGAUAUAUAAAAAAUAUUGAACCAUUUUUAGAUGUACAUACUAUUAUUAAUUUAAGUCAAACAUGUAAAUUUUUUUAUAAAAGAAAAUUUAAAGUUGCAUAUAAUAGAUUAAUUUUUAAAAGUUAUUUAGGAUAUAAUCCUAAAAUAUUAUAUGAAUAUGUUUUUCCAGUUAUAUAUAGACAUUUACAUAGAUCAGUAAGAAGAAGAUUAUGUCUUGAUUUUACUUUAUGUACAUUAAUUAAAGAUAUAACUGUAGCUAAUAUUUUAAAUGAAAUAUAUAAUUUCGAAACCUUAAAUACGAAACAUUUAUUUAUUUAUAAUUUACAAGAAAUCUAUUUUGAUUAUUGUCAUCAUUUGACAGAUAAAACAUUAGAAGUGUUAGCUCAAACAAGGCUACCUUCAUUAAAAACAUUAAGUAUUAAAUGUGUUAGAAAUAAAUAUUUAACAUGUGCACCUUUGACUGUUAUGUUAAGGAAAAGUAAUUGGCCUGUAUUUACCAAUUUCAUUUGCUCCUUUUCAAAUGCUUGGUUAGAACCUAUUUUUAUCAUAUCAAAUUUUAUAAUUAAUCGAGCAAAUAAUCAAAAUCAUAUAAUAUAUCACAAAUUAAAAAAUUUAAAAAAAACAUUAGAAAAUAUGAAAAAUUUCGAUAAUACUAGUAUAUGUACAAGUUAUGAUGAAACAAAUAAAAAAAUAAUUAAUGAUAACAAUAGAUUUUAUUUUAUGAGUUUACAAAGUUGUACAGCAAAUAAUAUAAGUAGAUCAAGUUUUGACGAAGAACACAUAGCACAUUAUAAUGAUCAUCAUAUUAAUAAUAAUAAUAUAAAUACUAAUGCUUCGCAUCUUGAUACACAUAAUGAUAAUAAUAAUAAUAAUCAUCAUCAUUUAAAUAAUAAUAAUAAUAAUAAUAGGAAGAAAUUAAAGUCUAUAUUAAACAGUGAAACAGAAUGUAGUAUUAGUCAAUCAGAAACAAAUAAUAAUUUUAAUUUAUUUAAUAAUUUCUUUUUUAAUACCUUUAAACAUUUUGGUUACUCCACAAAAAUACAAAAUAACGUCAGUGUAAAAGAAGCAAAUCUCAAAAUCGCAAAUAAAAAAGAGCAAGAAGCAGACCAGUUACAUGCUUCUAAUGUUGAUGCAGAUAAUGAUAAAAUAUUUGAAAGGAGUACAGAUAAUGAUGACCUGUUAAAAAAAAAAAAUGUUCAUGAUUCCAUUGAAAAAUUUGUAGAAUUAUCUAAUGUUCAGAAUAAGUGGGGUUAUCUUAAUAAUAAAAUAAAAAAUGAUCCUAAUAUGAAUGGAUACAAUGACGACAAUAUUAAUAAUAUGAACAAUGUUAGUUUACAUGACAAAAAAGAUAUCCUAGAUCAUUUCUUAUCUAGUGAAUAUUAUGCCCCAAGUAUAAAUAAUAAUAAUAAUAAUAAUAAAAGGAAAGACACUAUGAUAAACAAUCAAGAAUUAAAAAAAAUUAAUUCAAAAUCAAAUACUCAUAAUGAUGAAGAAAAGAACAAUAGUCAUUUAAUGGAACAUAGCAACUUAUUGGAUGUACCAAAUUGUUAUGAUUCAGAAAAGGGUUCAGCAUCACAAGAAAAUAAGUAUAAAAUUAAAAUGAACAAUAAUAGUCAUGGUGACGAUUCCAUCACAUAUGAUAGUGAUAUAUAUAAAGAUGUAUAUGAAUAUAUUCAGGAAGAUGAUAAUAAAUGUGCAAGAGAAGAAAAUGGAAAAGUUGAUGAAGACAAAAAUCAAAGAAGGGAUAAAAAUAGGUAUAUAAAUGAUAAUAAUAAUAAUAUUAAUGUAGAUCAAAAUAAUGCAAAGAUGAAAAAGAAUAUUCAUAUGAACGAUGAAAAUAGCUUAAUGGACAACGAUGGGGAAAGAAACAAUAGUAAUAAUAAUAUUGGUAGUAAUUAUAAGAAGAAAAAAUUAGAAAAGAAAUCUUUUGAAGAUAAUAAAAAGAAGACUAGAAUUUGUCAUAAGAAAACAAAAUUAUUAACAGCGGAAAAUAUAUUCUGUAUGAAUAUUUUACAUAAUAAUGUUAAUACAUUUGAUGAAGAGGAAGAAGAUGAUGACGAUGAUGAGGAGGAAGAUGAUGAAGAAAAAAAUUUAAAUAAAUGUAGAUGUAAUGGGAAAAGUUGUAUAUAUACAACAGAAGAAAUUAAUUUUAAAUGUGAUUGUGAUGAUUGUCCAUUUUCAAAUGGUUAUAAAAAUUUAAUAACUGUAGAUGAUCCAUAUAUACAAUCACAUUUUGUACAGCCUAAUUUAGAUAUUUUAGGUUCAUGGGGUAGUAAAUGCUUUCUAGAAAGUAUUGGAUUAGAUAUAUAUGUAAAGGGAUAUAGUGUAGCAUUAAAAAAUGAGAAUAUAAAAAUAUGUAUUAAAUUAAGUAAGAAAAUACAAGAAGAAUUAUAUGAGUUAAGCAAAAGUGAAAAGUAUAAAAAUAAUAAUCUUGUAUAUCUAGUUAGAGAUAAAGGUAGUGAAUUAUUAUCUAAUACACCAUUAACAAUAGAAACAGAUGAUAAUGCCGGAAUAGAUAUGUGGACCUUGCCUAUAUCAUUAGCUAUUAGUAAAAAAAAUAGAUAUUUAUUUUAUUUAGUAUUAAAGGGAGGAGCCAAAAUUGAUAUAUGGGAUUAUUUAGGCAAGUCUCCUUUAUAUAUUGCCUGCGAACAUGAAUGUAAGGAAUUUGUUGAGGUAUUGUUAGAAGAAAGAAGAAAGCGAAAAAAGAGGAAUAAUAUAAUACAAUAUGCUUAUAAAACAUCUACAAACGCGGAUAAUGAUAAAGAUGAGGCACCAACAAGCAACAACAAUAAUGGUAACAAUAAUGGUAACAAUAAUGGUAACAAUAAUGGUAACAAUAGUGGUAACAAUAGUGGUAACAAUAGUGGUAACAAUAGUGGUAACAAUAAUAGUAACAAUAAUAUGCCUCCUGGAUAUAAUAAUGACAAACCAGAAGAUUUAAAAAAAAGUUUUAGUUCUGAAAAAUACAGCAGUAGUAAAGAAGCGUUAGAAGAGGAAUGCACAUAUGAUAGUAGUAAUAAUAAUACAUGUAAUAAAAAUAAUAAUGAUGAAGAUGUGGAGUCUAAUAAUGCAGAUGCUUUAAAAAAAGUAGAUAAUUCAAAUACCAUAUGUAUUAGUCCAUAUGGUAAUACUUGUGAUAGUUAUUAUGUUACAUAUCCAUUUGAUAUAGAAAAUGGAUAUAUACCUAUAAAUAUAGCUGUAAAAAAAAAGAACUUUUCUAUUGUAAAUUCAUUAGUUAAAAAUGGAGAAAAUUUAAAUAUUAUUUGUCCAUUUGUAAGAGAUUAUAAAUCUCCUUUAUAUUUAGCAUGUGAAAAUAAUAUUAGUGAAAUUAUACAACUGUUGUUAGAAAAUAAAGCUAAUCCGAAUUGGUGUUAUCAUAAUAAAUUUACACCAAUUCUAUUAGCAUAUAAUUUAAAUAAGGCAUGGGUAAAUCAUUUUAUCGAUGCAGGUGCUGGAGAAAAACCAUGUGAUAGGCAUAUAUUAACUGAAGUGUUAUCAUGUGCUAUAUUUAAAAAUGAUUUAUCAACUGUUCAGUUGUUAUUAAAAAAAUAUCCUCAACUUAUACAAAAAGGACAUAAUUUGUGGUCUUUACCAUUUAUUCAAGCAGCUAAAUUAGAGAGAUUAAAUAUAUUAAAAUAUUUAUAUUCUGUAAAAAAAGAAAUUAUUAAUCAGUUAGAUGCCGAAAAUGUGUUAUCUCCUAUUCAUGUUGCUGCGGAAGAAGGGCAUGUGGAAGUAUUAAAAUUUCUUUUAGAAAACGAAGUAAACAUUAAUCUCACCAAUAAAUAUCAUCAAAAUGCUUUACAUAUAGCUUGUCUAGAGAAUCAGGAAAAAAUCGUACAUUAUUUGUUAAGUCAUAAUAUUGAUAUUAAUUGUAAAGAUAAUAUUAAUGGUGAAUGUCCAUUAAUGAUAUGUAUAAGAACACGAAAUGAAAAUCUAGCUUUAUUAAUUUUGAAUGAAGGAAAAAAUAUUAAUUAUAAUCUUACUAAUAUACAUGGAGAAACAUCCUUAAUAUAUUCUAUUUUUUAUGGUCUAUAUGAUGUUGCAGAUAUAUUAAUGAAAAGAGGAGCUGAUGUAUCUGUACGUGAUAUUAAUGGUGACAAAUCGUAUAACGUUGCUUGUGAAAGAGUAUUAUCACAUAAAACAUGUAAAAAGGUUUUAAAAAAAUUCCUUAAAUUGUAUCGCUCACAAAAUAAAAACUUCUUACCAAAAAAUAGUAAAAUUAAUAAAAAAAAUAAAUUCUACCAAUCGUAUCAAACUUUAAACCAGAGCUUUUUAAGUAUAUUCCGUAUAAAGAAAGAAAAGAAGAAUAAAAUCAUGUCGUAUUCAAUAGAAAAUGAUAGUAUCCACUAA